UCCAGAACCGAGAAGUCCCCCCUCCCAUCCCUUACAUACACAUUGGUCUCCCACCCUCCACCCCAGUUUUCUGUGACCGGCUGACAAAGUUUUGUCCUCCGGUCACCAAAGGCGACGUGACGACGAGCCACGUGACCCGGAGCGGAGGUAAGAAAAGAACACGGGACAGAGAAGGGAGAAAAGCGGAGAAAUAGACGAAAAAAGAAAGGAUUUAGGACUGAGUAUAAACUGCGCGGAGGUGAGAGAGGUGACUCGACUCUUUUCCGUAUUCUCGCGGUGCUUUGCUGCCGUCCACGACGGAGACACGCGGGUUACGAUUGAGCCAUUGACAGCGCGAAGGCCUUCCGUGCGCACACACAAGCGCACCACGGCGGAGCGCAUUUUUGCUUGUUUCCAGUUUCUUUACCUCACGUUGGAAAUUUCUGCUUUUUUUCUUCACUAUUUUACAUAUAAUAUAAUACUUUUUCUUUUACUGUGGAUUUGUCGUGUUUUUUUUCUUGUGAUUUACAUUUUUGUUUUUGGAUGUUUUAUCUAACUCAAAUCUUAGUUCCGUAGUUUUAUCUGUGGGCUCGUUUUUUUUGCUGAUAAUUUUAAACCUGACUGUCUGCAUGGACAACAUGAACUCGUUUGUGGAAUACUCCAUUUGUAACCUGUCGGGGACGGGCGCUUAUGCUGCGCCCAAAUCCGGCUACAACCAUUAUCAUCACCAUCUGCAUCACCAUCCUCUGGAUCAGCAUCAAGGCUUCCCGGUGAACUCCGGCUCCUUCCACGUCGGGCCCACCGGCUCUCCGGCUCCCGUUAAAGGGGUGAGAGGGGACAGCAGUGCCGUGGGAGCGAUUUACACAGAGGACGCACGACUGUAUGGGGGCUCUGGGGAGCUUGCGACCGCAGGGGUGACCCAGCAUCAUCAGCAACAUCAACAUCAUCCUGAACAACCACAGCACCAGCAAACGCACAUUGGCUACCACAAUCAACUCCAUCCAACCCAAAGCGUACAAAGCGGAACAAUGUCCGCUUAUAAUUCUGGGAAUAGCGGAAGCACUGGGGCUUACACUGGUCAGGUCUGCGCAACUAACCCGGAUUACUCAAACGCAGUAGCCCCCCCCAACACCGUUCACUCCCAGUAUUUCAUGGAGGAGCCCGUCGCCUCCACCUACUAUCAUCAAUCAACAUUUCCGAGCUCGCCCCCCACCGUUGGCCCCAGCUACGGGGCCUUAGCUGGGGCCUUCUGCGGCCCUCAGGGCGCUCUUGCCGGACCACAGUACCCACAGCAGCUCGGAGGGGGUCUGGACGCAGCGGGCUACCUGGGGAUUCCACACGGGGGAGGUUACGGGGAACUGCCUGUCUCCCACGACCGAGAGAAAGGAGACGAGAUGGGCCAGCAGGGUGGGCAAGGGCAGACCUUCGACUGGAUGAAGGUUAAGAGGAACCCCCCUAAAACAGCCAAAGUGUCGGACUUCGGCCUGCACAGCAACGCCAUGCGAACAAACUUCAGCACUCGGCAGCUCACGGAGCUGGAGAAGGAGUUCCACUUCAGCAAGUACCUGACGCGGGCGCGGCGUGUGGAGAUCGCGGCCACGCUCGAGCUCAACGAGACGCAGGUGAAGAUCUGGUUCCAGAACCGACGCAUGAAGCAGAAGAAGCGCGAGCGGGAGGGCGCCACCGCCACCGAACGGACCUCCUCCGGGACCGAUGGAGGCUUCAUCAAGGACCCGGAGGACACCGAUAACUCCUCCGCGUCCACGUCUCCGGGCGCGUCCCCGAGCUCGGAGUAGUAGUCCGCGCGAGCGAUGUGACAGCUUCUGCAGAAUCCGUUGUGUUGCACUAUGGGACAAGGUCUGUGUUUAAGUAGUCAGCUCCUACUUGUGAAUCGGUUACUGACUUCCCACACGCCCCACAAUUGCUUAGAAUCCUAUCCAGGACCUGGAGAAGGUCUAGAUACUUUUUAUGUCACUAGUGCUGUAUUCUGACUUAAAGAGCUGCAAUAAUGUAAUAGAAGGGACGUGGAGGAGAGUCAUUAACUUAGAUAAAGCUCACAACAUUUUUCUGAGAUGUUAAUAGGGCCGUGUCCAGUGGAACUCUGCAGCUUCUUCCAAACCAAAAGCACACGUUGUUCAUGCUUUGGCACUGGAACCAACAAGUUGCAAUGGUUCCCAGCUUGGGGUUUGCGACCUCGCCAUGGGAUCCAAGGAUAAGUCUGCAGGGUCAGGAAUUAUAAUUAAAGCUACAUAUUAUGAAAGGUGUAGCUCUCGGAAUUAUAGUCUGAUUAUAAUCAGAAAGCCUUGCCACUUUGGCAGCAGCCGUAUACUCUGAGUGGUCCUCUCCCACGGAUAACGAGGCUGUCGUGGUGGUGAAACGUGUGCUGCACAUAAUGCUGGACUGAAACCUUUUGAGAGUGCUGACGUUUAGAUACUCACAUUAACACAGUAUCUAGUGUGCAGGGUAUGAUGAUGAUGAUGAUGAUGAUGGGAUGCAUUUUGCCCCCUUCACAUAAUGUCUCAUUCUCACUGCUUAAGGUGUCUCAUAUGUUGUUGAUGCUCUUUUUCUGGUUUUACUUUUUGUUAGUUUUAAUAUUCCUUUGGUAGAAAAUGAAUCAGAUAAUUAUGGGAUAAUAAAACCCCUCUAUAAGCCCUGGCAAUUGAUGUGAAUAUGGAGAAACUCAGGGAUACACAGUUGUUAAUUGAUGACGUAAAACCUGUCAGGCUUUGGUCCAUCUUUGACCCAUAUACCAGUGUGAGUUCAGCCUAAAUAAACAGGGAGCCUCUGAGGGCAAACCACAACUAUGUCUUAUGCCCUUGAAGCUACUUUUGUUUUACUUUGAAAAUGUAUAAUUUGACAUCGUGUCUCAACGCGUGCAGCUUUGGCCCACUGUGGGACUUCAGGGAUGCUUUGGAAGAAAAACAGCAUCAAUAUUCUUUCAGUCUCUACGAUUGGUGAUUUAAAGUAUUGUGUUUCAAACAUGUAGUUGACUCAGGGGCUAAUGUGAGAAGUGUGUGUGUGUGUACACGCAGGUGUGUGCACAAGUGUGUGUGGUUAGGGGCUGAUGAAAGAAAACUUCUGAAAAGCAAUGCUGAAGCUGCAGGAGGAGGGGGGGUUACUGCCUUGCAUUUUCCCCUGUGAAAAUAAUUUAUUGGAUGCAUUUUAUGUUAUUGAUGAUAGAUUAUGGAAAGAAAAAGGCUUGUGAUUAUUAAUACAUGACAAAGUACUUCAUGACAAAAGUUGACAGGAGGGAACGCCGUUGUGUAUGUAACGUUGUCAGGUUUAAGCCUGGCCUCCACUGUGGACUUUUUUAUACUUUUUGAAUUGAGAGCAGGCUGACUGAGUUUUAUCAGUUCUGCUGCUUUAGAGACACCAAUCAAGUUUCUUCGUCUUUUAAACUACCUCAAUUAAAGACUCUUCUACCAAGGAGCUAUAAUUGCACUUGUGACAAUGUCUUUAUUGCUCUCACCAUAAACUCUUCUUGUAGGAUAUGAAUCCAUUCAUAUUUGUAUCUCAGAUUGCAUAAAUUUGAAAGAAGUGCUCCUAGGAAGACUGAGCCAGAGCCAGUGAUGCAAAGUAAUGCAAUGUAUUCUCACACAAUGGUUAGUUUUAUCUCUUUUGCAAAAUGACUGAUCUUAUGUUGUCUGUUUUAUCCGAUGAAAGUUGUCACACAUGUCAAUUUUUAGCUUUGGCCUUUUCAAAAUAAACUUCUGCCCUCCGAAGUUGCAACUCAUCAAAGGUGACCCUCUCCAGAACGUGUAGGAAAAUGGAUAACAAUAACUGCUGGCUAUUGACAGAAAACAGAAAAAGAAUACAAUUUGCACUUGUUCAUACUGUCGUUCAAAAUAAACGAUUUCACUUCAAUAAACAUCUUUAAAGUAAAAUGGUCUAAGCUGAUUGGUAGGUCACAGCUUAACCACCCUUUGCAAAUUGCGUUUCAGCAUCUUCCUUCUUCGGAGGUAUAUAGUGCCACCAUGUAGAACAAAACCGCUUAUUAACCGCUUCGUUCCAGCAGCCAUCAAGCAGGUGAACAAACCAUAGCAAUAGUGCACAGAUGCAAUGUUUGAAUAUUUAUUUAUUUGAUUUACUGAUAUGCAGCCAUGGGUACUUUUGUUUGUUUUUGUGUUUUUUUUUUCAAGACAGAUUUCAUUCUGUUGAAAAACAAGUCUUACUAAGGGUACAAAUAAAAGUAGCCUAACCUAACCCAAAUGUUCUGUACUUUGUUAAGUUAAUUAUAUGGACGUGCCAUAACCAAUACCUCAACAUUGACUUCUCGCCUGACAUGUGAAAGGAACAGAGGUCUCCUGGUUGCAAGCCCAUCCCUCGACCCCUCCCCACCAAAUUUGGGCUUGAAUCGUGGUCGUAUUUAGUCAAUUAUGAUUUUCAUAAGAAUAGCUGUGCAUGCUAGAUGAGAGCUGCUUUGUUGCAGCAACUAAACUAGUUAGGUAGCUUUAGGGAAAA